ACGAAUUUCACUUCCACAAUCAAGAUUGAUCUGAGUUGUUACACUUGCACGUAACCCCCAAACUCUCUCUCUCUCUCUCCCUCUUCUCUCUCGUUCGUCUAUACAAUCAAGUUGGUGUAUGUAUAUCCGUGUCUAAAUUUGUGAUCUGGGGUGGCGGAUCGUCACAACAACAAACAGGAGAGAAAAACAAAGAGAUUUUCAUGGAAGAAAUUGAUUCCCGCGACUUAUCGUCGUCGUCGGAUUCCGAGGAGGAAAAACCAUCGUCGAUCAAGGGCAAGAAGGUCUACCGCCUCUUCGGAAGGGAGCGGCCCCUUCACAUGGUCCUCGGCGGUGGCAAACAUGCCGAUGUAAUUCUAUGGAGGGAUAAAAAAGUUUCAGCAGGAAUCCUAGGUGGCGCUACAGCUAUUUGGUUUUUGUUUGAAGUGCUUGAAUACCAUUUUGUGUCCUUGAUCUGCCAUGGCUUGAUCCUUGGUUCGGCUUUACUCUUCUUGUGGUCGAAUGCUGCUUCCUUCCUCAGCAGAUCUCUUCCAGAAAUCCCGGAAUUAAGAAUUCCUGAAGCACCAGUAGUAAAGAUCACCGCUGCUUUGAGGAUUUGGAUCAAUAAAUCUUUAGCUCUUUUGAGGGAUGUUGCAUCAGGGAGGGAUAUGAAGAAGUUUCUCGCGGUGAUUGUUGGCUUAUGGAUUAUGUCAGUUGUUGGGCGUUACUGUGAAUUCUUGACAGUCCUAUAUACAUUUAUGGUGGUGGCGUUCAGUGCACCCCGAUUCUAUGAGAAGUAUGAAGAUCAGGUAGACGCGUUUGGUGAGAAGGCAGAAGCCGAGUUUUGGAAACAGUAUGCAGUCUUUGAUGCCAAAGUUUUGAGCAAGAUACCAAAGUAUAAUAAAAAGAUGGCAUGAGCAUGAAUAUUACUACCAUUUUCACUUGGUAGUCUUCUAAGAUGCAGUGAUAAAUUAUGGUUGAAUUACCAUGGUUGAAUUUAGAUUUAUUUGCAUGAUUACGUAGGAAGCUUAGUGGUUCGAUCAUUUUAUGUUGAUAAGUGAUUAUUUGUAGAGUGUUAGCCCUCAACUCUUUAGGCAUAUGUUUGCUUUGAAGCUUAGUGUUGCAAUAAUUCAUGUAUUAUUCUAUGAAAAUUUGUAUUAAUUCAGCUUUGAGUUAAUGACAAGUGAUUUUUUGUGGUUUA